AUGAUAUUAAAAAUAAUUAAAAAAAUUAAAAAAAAUGUAUGGAAAUAUAUAUUUCUUUUACUAUCUCUAAAUAUUAUAUCUCUAAUAAAAGGUGGUUGUUAUCAACGACAAUUAUGUUGUAAGGGAAAAAAUAAUACAUGUAAGGAUAUUGAUGAUGGUAUUCGGCACCUACCAAUUUCUAUACGAUGGCCAGGACAGGUACCUAAAGAUUAUCGUUAUGAUUGGAGAGAAAGACCAAGUUUUGUUUAUGCUAAAGAUGAUAAUGAAAAAUUAGGAAGAUUAGUUUUACCAGAUAUUUUACAAGUUAAUGAAAAUGGUUUACAAUACCUUAGAAGUUAUGAGAGUGAUAAAUUUAAUAAAGAUUACCUUUUUGAUGAAAUGUUAACAGACAUGGAUGAUGAAUAUAUUCAGGAACUUGAACCAGAUGAAAGUAUUGAAAUAUUACAUUUUGGUGAGGAGUAUGAAGAUCCACAACCUUAUCAAGAACAUAUUAGAUAUUUAGAUCCAGAUAAUAGGACACAUGCAUAUAUACGAUAUUCAUUGAUAAACCGGUACAUACCUGUCAGAGUUGAAAAGGUUAAAAAAAGAACACGACACAGGAUGAGGCAUGAAAAAGUUCGAAAAUUAGGUAAAAAUAAAAUUGAUAAAUUAGUUCCUUUAGAACAUCAUGAUGAUGAAAAAAAGAAAAUUGAAAAUGAGAAAAAUUAUCGUUAUAAAUCUCAAGGUAAUAUUGAAUGUUAUUGUGAUAGUGCAUGCUUAAAAUUUGGUGAUUGUUGUUCUGAUUAUACUUUUGUUUGCCCACCACUUGAUUGUAAGACAUCUGAAUGGGAGAUAUGGAGUGAUUGUAUAGCUGAUGAUAAAGAAAAAAAUUGUGGUAUUGGUGAAAGAGUUAGAAAAAGAAAAAUUAUUAAAAAUCCUGAAAAUGGUGGUUCUAGGUGUGGUGUAUUAGAGGAAAAAGUAUCAUGUUUUAAAGAAUGUAAGAAAAAAAAAGGUAUAACAAGUUUAUUUGAUGAGACAACAGUAGCAUUGAUAAUAGAUUAUAAAUAUAAUAUGAGUAGAAAAUAUGACAGAAAACAUAAUAAAUUAUGGAGUAUACCAAAAGUUAUUGAAAAAUUAAAACAUUUACAGUAUUAUUGUGUUGAAUAUAAAAUAGAUUGGUUAAAUCAAAAUUGUAUUGAAGAAGUUUUUAAGAAUACUUUAUAUAAAGGUACAACAAUAUGUGGUGAAUGUCAACCAGAGGCACAGGUUCAUAGAAAAAAUCAUCGUUGUGCAAGUGAUUUAGAAAAUGGUGAAGUAGGAUUUUGGAAAUUAAUUGGUCCAAAAAGUUGUAAUGGUAUUUGGACAAGAAUUGUUAGGACUGAUAAAUGUAAAUGUUCUUCAAUGUUACCACAUCUUUAUCCAUACUUAUUGGUAUAA